GCCGGGCACGCCGCUUUUGCUGCAGUUGCUCCGGCUGCCUGUGUUGCUGCUUCAGCCGCUCCUUCCGCGGCUGCUGCCCGGGAGGUGAAGGGAGGUGAACUGUGUUGUGUUGUUGUGUUCGUGCUGCGGUCGCCGCCCUGAACGGAGCGGAGAGCCGGACGUCCGCGGGCUGGCGAGAGCGGCGAGUCAGCAACUGCGUGGUCUCCUCAGGCCGGGUCCUGUCUGCGCUGCGGCAGGGAGGCCGCCCGGCCCAGCGAACCGAACCAAUGCUGGACCUGGAGGUGGUGCCUGAACGCUCUCUGGGGAACGAGCAAUGGGAAUUCACUUUGGGGAUGCCUCUGGCUCAGGCAGUAGCCAUUCUUCAGAAGCACUGUCGCAUCAUCAAAAACGUCCAGGUUCUCUACAGUGAGCAGUCUCCUCUAAGCCAUGACCUCAUCCUUAACCUGACUCAGGACGGGAUCAAACUACUGUUUGAUGCUUUCAAUCAGAGACUUAAGGUGAUUGAAGUUUAUGACUUGACAAAAGUAAAGUUAAAAUAUUGUGGAGUGCAUUUUAACUCUCAGGCCAUCGCUCCUACCAUUGAGCAAAUUGACCAGUCUUUUGGCGCAACCCAUCCUGGAGUGUACAACUCUGCCGAGCAGCUCUUCCACCUCAACUUCAGAGGAUUGUCUUUCUCUUUUCAGUUAGACUCAUGGACCGAGGCUCCCAAGUAUGAGCCCAAUUUUGCCCAUGGUCUAGCUUCUCUUCAGAUUCCCCAUGGAGCAACUGUAAAGCGAAUGUACAUCUACAGCGGGAACAGCCUUCAGGAUACCAAGGCUCCUGUGAUGCCCCUAAGCUGUUUCCUGGGGAAUGUAUAUGCUGAAAGUAUAGAUGUUCUUCGAGAUGGAACUGGACCCUCAGGAUUGCGACUUCGCUUGCUCGCUGCAGGUUGUGGACCCGGAGUAUUAGCAGAUGCCAAAAUGCGAGUCUUUGAGCGCGCAGUGUAUUUUGGUGAUUCUUGCCAAGAUGUUCUUAGCAUGCUUGGCUCUCCACACAAGGUCUUCUAUAAAUCUGAAGACAAGAUGAAAAUCCACUCCCCUUCCCCUCAUAAACAAGUUCCAUCCAAGUGCAACGACUACUUUUUUAACUAUUUCACUCUUGGAGUGGACAUCCUCUUUGAUGCAAAUACACACAAAGUGAAGAAGUUUGUCCUGCACACCAACUACCCUGGGCACUACAACUUUAAUAUUUAUCACCGCUGUGAGUUCAAGAUCCCACUAGCCGUAAAGAAAGAAAACGAAGGUGGCCAGACUGAAGUGUGCACGACCUACAGCAAGUGGGACAGCAUCCAGGAGCUUCUGGGCCAUCCUGUGGAGAAGCCUGUUGUCUUGCACAGGUCCUCAUCCCCAAACAACACCAACCCAUUUGGCUCCACGUUCUGCUUUGGUCUUCAGCGGAUGAUCUUUGAGGUCAUGCAGAACAACCAUAUUGCCUCAGUGACCCUGUAUGGCCCCCCUAGGCCUGGUGCCCACCUGAGAACAGCAGAGCUGCCCUAAGGACAUCACUACCCAUCCCCGCCCCCGUCCAUGGGACUGUGCAUCACAUCCAGCUCAGUGGGUCUCUGUGGCGCGCUGUGUGUUUUCUUGGGCACCUUGGCAGUGUUGAAGGGCUCUGGGACUCCAAAGGAUUCAGAAGUAGGAUUCGGCCUGAGUCCUCCACCUUGGGACAGAGGACCCAGA